UGGUAUAUGAAAGCUCGAUCAAUGGCAAGGUAUAUGCCAAUAGCACGGCACAUCCCAGCUACACUAUAAACGCAUACAAGCCGCACAUCACAAUCUUCCUGUGGUUCCACUCAGAGGACCCCUGUGCUAUCAAUGACAGCCACAAUGACCAACACUACCGCCAGUUUGAGUGGAUUUGGCGAAAUCUGCCAUGCAUCACAACGGCUUGCAGACAGCAGCGCAUGGAAAUUUGUAGACUCCUCAGGAUGCAAAUACAAAUGGCAUAAGAGCAAGAUCGGGUCGCGAUGGACGCUUACUGACAAGUCUGGAAACGAAACCAUUGCAGCCUUUUCACUACCCAAGUCGUAUUCCCAAAUCCAAGGCAUCUUAGACAUCCUGAAACCUGUGGAUGAAGUGUUCAAACUGCUUGUCCUAGUCACGCUGAAGAUGAGCAUGAUAUCAGAUCUCCAUGGUAACACGCACCCACAAAAUGCAUGGGCCGCUACUGGUCCUUGUCAUCGAUGUGCUGCUCGUCAUAAUCAUCAUGGUAGUUUGGCAGUUAUGUGUGCAGGAGGUUCGCAAUCACUAGGCGGUGCUGCCUCAUCAGGAAUGUAAUUCGCAGAGAUCGUUAGAACGCUGUAUUUGUUUCCAGUACUAUACAGUGAGCAGGUUUAUAGCAAUAAAGCACAAAGGUAAUACACCUACAAGAUGAGCACCGAGUUCAUUGAGAAUAAAGGUAUGUAAAAUA